UAAGCAAUCACCAUUUCACUUUUGACUGCUGCAGCCAUCGCAAGCACUUUUUCUCGGACCCAAUCAGCCAUCAUUAGGAACGCAAUGAAGCGCACGCUUAUAUUGCUAGUGUUCGCAGUCGGUUGGAGUGCCGGAAGAAUAGUGUCGCAGAAAAAGCCAGAACUCCCCAGUGGGACGAGCGAAACCGUUGAGUCGUCCCACAUCUUCGAUACCCAGUCUCCGGAAGCCAACAACUAUGGUCACAAACAGUUCAAGGAGGUCACCAUCACCAAGAAUGUCCCGGUGCCGUUUCCCAUCAAAGUCGAAAAACACGUCGCCGUUCCGGUGAAGAUUCCGUUCCCGGUGGCAAUCCAGAACAAAAUUCCGAUCGUGGUGGAACGAAAGAUUCCCAUCUAUGUUGAAAAACCAGUGCCAGUGCAGGUGGAUCGCCCGUUUCCCUAUCCGCUGCCGGUUGAAGUGCCAGUUUUUCACAGAGUUGCCGUAGAAGUGCCUAAACCUUAUCCUGUGCACGUGCCUGCUCCAUAUCCAGUGUACAUUCAGCAACCGGUGUUCGUAAAGCAAUCGGAAAAAGCCAAACGCGUGAAGAAGAACUCGGUGAAUGUUUGGAAGUACAAAGGCCAUUGAAGGCUGAGUUGUGGAAAAAGUCAUAUGGAGUUAAGUGAUUUAGUGUAAAUAUUUAUUUAAAUAUUAGAUUUAACUUAACAGCCUUUGAACGUGUCAUUUCAAAGUUUUUCCAUGUUCGAGUAUUACAAUGUACUUAAAGCUUUAAAGCUCUGCAUAUUUUAAGUGCAUCUUCUAUACGGACCGUUAUAAUAUAGUGAAUGAUGUAAAUGCUUUCUUUGUGUGAAAAGAAAUCCAGUUCUAAUUAUGGUUCUUCAAAAGGGAAUAUCCGUUCUCAUCGAAGAUUGAACAACCUUGGGUCUUACCCAAGUUGAAAAAUCAAUCAAAUGGCUUAAGUAUCUUGGACUGUUUAUAGUAUGCCGUCUUUGACUGUUCUUCCAAGACUGAUUUUACUGCCCUAAAUUAAGCCAAUUGAAUUUGUACUUGAAGAAAUAAAGCGAAGCUCUAGUGGUAAACUUUGUUUUUCUAAUAUG